AACCGGAUUCUUUUUGAGCUUUAAAAGACGAAGAGCAUCACAGGAAGUCCACAGUGUUUCUUUCAUCCCGAAGAAGAUCGUGUUUCCAGCACGUGCAGCUCUCUUUGCCUUAAUUUGCUCGGAAAGCGUAAACAAUGAUCCGAGUCCUCCUGUUGGCGGUCUGCCUGAUGGCAAUGGCGUCCUGUGACUGGGCAGCUCGAGGAUCCAGCCUCCGCGUCCCAUUCGAUGCGCAUCUGCGACUGCCAAAGAUCUUUGAUCAGUCGCCUUUGAAAACAGAAGCAAAGAGAAGCGAGGCGGUGCACGAGGAAGAGCGGGACGAAGUGCUGUGGACGAGCGAGUGCUCGCCGCGGGUGGCGGGUGUUCGGCGUAGUCAGGACGCUCGCCUUCAGUGUGAGGUGGUCGCCCCCACAGGCUCUGUCCUCACGUGGUACAAGGACGGCGUGCCACUGCACCGAGAGGGUGCCCAGGUCGAGGUAGGUUCCACGCCCCAAGAGCUUCUGGAAGAGGCGACCAACAUGCUGGGUCUGGAGGGGGAGUUGUCCUCAACGGUGUCCACGUCCGCCUCCGUCCUGCAAAUCUCCUCCGUCGCCUAUUUGGACUGCAUCUCCGACCAACACCAGGCGACAUACAAGUUGGAAGUGAGAGCACCACGGAGUCAGAAGUCUUACUCUCGUCUUUUUACUGUAGUUAUUGUAGGCGACGAAAGCGAGGCACUGGAGGAAGGCCCCACGUGCCGCCUGGGCGCCCUCGUUAACGCUCUGCCUCGCAUCUACCAACACUCCCCCGCGGCCAUGGGCCAUGUAGGGGACUCCGUGACGUUGCCUUGCCGCUCGCAGGGCCACAACGUCACUCGGGAAUGGUUCCUCAAUAAUGAGAGGAUUUCUGGCGACGCCAUUUAUCAGAUCUCGAGCACCGGCGAUCUGAUGGUGCGGCGGCUGAGUGCACAGGGUCGCACACGGUACACGUGCAGGGUGACCAGCACGAGGUUCUCUGCCCUCAGUGACACUGUAUUAACUGAAGUGGUGACUAUGUAAAUAAAAUCGACUCGCACUUCAAGACGACGGUGAAGACCCGCUUCGAAGCUGACCUCUCAGGAUUAUUGGAUGACUGAUGAUGUACCUCAUUAUAUCAGAUUAGUUAUGUGGCUAAAUUUGUCCUGGAAAUCCAAGGCUCUUAGAGAGAAAGCCUUAGAGGAACGCUUGGAUCAACUUGUCCUUUAUUUCCCUCUGCAAUCAACGGGAGGAACUCCGGUAAUAAACAGUUUUUUCAUGUCUCUCUCUCAGUAAGAUUAAGGUUUAUGUAUUGACAGCAGCUGCAGCGCAUAUGAGAUGUACAUCGUAGCACGUCUACUGUAGUAUUAUAUUGUUGAUACAAGUUUCUAUUUUUUUCUGUUUAUAUCACAAUCGCGCAGAUGAAUUGUAACGCGCAUGGUAGAUAACAAUAAUAUUGAGUUUGUUAUUUAGUUACAUUACAAUAACAUAAAAUAAAAUUAUAUUGAC